AUGAUUAUUGGUCCAUUCUCUAUACACGGAUAUCACGUCGAUGCCACGAACGCAGUUUCAGCGGGCGAGGCUGCAUACGAGCACGCUGGUGCGAUGGUCGCGCUAAACGAGGCGAAGCAGCUAGAUCUAAUUACUGAGAAGACCCAAAUGAGCUUCAAGUUUGAUGUGAAUGGUGACGCGGUGCUGGACAGCAAAAAAGCUAGUUUGUCAAUCACGAAAGAGACACGCCACAUUGCACAGCGAAGGCAGUAA